AUGAUCGACAGAAGUUCGGGAGAGAGGAACGCUCACCCCGUCGCGAUGAGCGAGCGACGACAGCGACGACUGCGACGAAUGCGACGACAGCGACGAAUGCGACGACACGAAGGCCCCUCGCACCGCGGCGUUUUCUCCGAAGUCGCCACUGCGCUCCUGAACCUAUAUCGGGACCAUCAACCUGAUCACGCGUUUCCUACUCCAAAUUUUGCUGUCAUUGAUUACUUCCUGUAUGGAAAGAACUGCUUUCGUUGCCAAGGGUUCGCGAUGGGAAGUUCUCAGGGACCUCUUCAAUGUGGUGGGAUGGAGUUGUCUGGCCAUUUCAUGAAUGUGGAUUUCUCGUCUCCUCCGACCGGAAUCCAUCAGCAAUAUUCCCCAGUCACUGGAGGAUACAGUCCUGGACUGAGUGGACUAAGCCCUGGAUUCACACCUCCGCCCCCGACCUCGUUCCCUGGGAAUUUUGGGCUCAGCCCCAUGAAUGCUAUGAGUUGGAAUACCUCUAUCCCCGGGAUGCAUAGCCCCGAUAUGACAAGCGGGAAACCUCCAAACACGAACAACGGGAAACCUGUCAAAGAGCAGAGGAUUCGGCGACCCAUGAAUGCCUUCAUGGUGUGGGCCAAAGUAGAGAGGAAGAAGUUGGCAGAUGAAAAUCCCGACUUGCACAAUGCAGAUCUCAGCAAAAUGCUCGGUCUGUCAGAAUGCCGAAGGAAUCAGGGUCUGGACCUGGCGAGCAUACAGAUGUUGGGCUGGGAUCCAGAUGUCGAGAUGCCGGAGAGAAAGAGAAGAGGGGAGGCAGAAGUACAGGGCUUUCGGGUGGCCUAUCCCAAAAACCACGACCGUCGCAUCGUGGCCGACGUCUUGCAUUCCAUCCCCAAGAACGAGGCCUUGCAAAGAUUACAGGCCUGCCUCGAGAAGCGACAGUCUGUCUCAGGGCCUCAGAAUGAAGAGAACUUUCAGAAGCGACGGAUAUGCUAUAGGAAGAAGUGGCGAAGCUUGACACCGCAAGACAGACGUCCGUAUGUAGAAGAAGCAGAAAGACUUCGUCUCCUUCAUAUGCAGCAGCAUCCCAAUUACAAGUACCGACCUCGGAGGAAGAAACACGCGAAACGUGGUGGUCGGAGAGAUGGUGUUCCGGACCGCUUUCAACCGCCAUCUCCGAACCCGUUCCUGUCCUGCUCUAUAUCUGGGACCGGAAUGGGGAAUUACCCCUUCAAGUCGAAUGGGGUUCAUCCGCCUGAGAUUCAUACGCCGGAAUCUUCGCCCCGAGAAAGUCCCGAGCCGGAUGCUUUGAAGAAUCGCUUCCUCAAUUCUUAUCUUCCUCCGCCGGCCACUCCGUCAUUGCCAACACCAGACGUGUCUCCUUUGGAGACGGAGCGAGAUGCAUUCAACAACGACCGGGUAUCUCACCUGUUGCAACGCUUCGUCCCGAAUUCCUCCGACACAUAUAUGAAGUGUUUCUCGCCCUCUCCCGCAUCGCCAUAUCGGAACUCCUAUCAGCCAAUGAGAGGAUCGCCUCCUGUGUCUUCUUCGUUGACCACAGUGUCAAGCGAUUGCACGAGCGGAGGGACCUACUCCGAAGUGAUCUAUUAUUCUCCUAAUUGUGCCCUGGGCGGAGGAGCCUCUAAUUGUCCGCAAAACAGCCUCUACCCGGCAGUCUCCGAGUCUGUGACCGCAUCUAUCGAUAGUUACUCCGGAGCUGGCGGAACUCCUCCUCGCCCGAUGUCCAACCCCACGGGUAUGAUGUCCUCACAACAGCACCAGCAACACCAGCAGCAGCCUCAAGUGGUAGAAGAUUUUCUGGACGAUGUAGACCGGAACGAAUUCGACAGGUACCUGAAAGGGAGUCGAAUCGGACUUCCAUCGUCCCCGAUGUCGACCAGUGGCAGUAGGUGCGAUUUUGGAAGCCAGGGUCCAUACGGAAGCCCUUCAUCAGGAACGAGAAAUAACAGCGAAGACGCAGGACAAAGCCCAAGUCUCAUUUCAGAAGCCCUGGCUCAUGUCAGAGGCCUCAUGUACUACGACAGCUAGGGAAGAAGAGCAAAGCUAACCACUCCAACCACCGAUAGAGCUUUCAUUUCCAUGUGCCUUCUCCGUGUGUCUUAGGAGUUUUAUAGUUGGGAUCAUGGCGACAGAUGCAAAGGAGACUUCUCUCCCAUGGCGUCAACCAUGCUGAGGGAAAUACCGCUAGUCUGCGGGACCAAUACGCUUUAAAUUUAUCCCAUUAAGUGCGCUGGUUUUGGAUGUCUGCGAACCCUUCGAAGUGAGAUCCUCGUGUCGCGAAUCUGGAGGAUGAAGAAACGGUGAAAAUUUUCUUUUUCAAUGAGAGCUCCCAUAUUCCUUCAUCUCGAAGGUUUCCUCUUAUUCGUAUUCAGGUACCCCUAUGUUAUCCACUUUGGAAUCGCGUUUAUUCUUCUAUGUCUCACGAUGCCUUCGGGAUCUGGAGAUGCAUACAUGUGAUUCCUUAGGCUCUUGAUGUACGUCUUAUGGAAAUGGUGGAAAAUCUCGGAAGUCUCUCUCGCGUCAUUCUUGCAGUGCCUUAUUACUCAAGCUUGUACCAGACC